AACACACAGAGCCAGAGCCUCUCCUAUCCAUCCACCCAGCAUCCACUCGCUCCUCUGCUCCAGCUCCAGCUCCAGCUCCUCGCUCAAUCAUGGGCCUCUCCACAGGUUACUCCCCGGCCGGAUCGCGCCUCGUGACGACCCCUCUCGGCGCCGGUGCCGGCGCCGCGCUCCGCCGCUCCCCGCAGCUCCUCCGCCCGCGCCGGCCCCCGCUCGCCACCGUCCGUUGCUCCGUCGACACCGCCAAGCAGGUGCAGGACAGCGCGGCGACGGUCGCGGCGGAGCAGAAAGCGUCGCGCAAGGAGUGCUUCGGGGUCUUCACCAACACCUACGACCUCAAGGCGGAUAGCAAGACCAAGUCAUGGAAGAAGUUAGUGAACAUUGCUGUGUCAGGCGCGGCUGGGAUGAUAUCAAAUCAUCUGCUUUUCAAACUUGCCUCUGGUGAGGUUUUUGGACAAGACCAACCAAUAGCACUUAAGUUACUUGGCUCAGAAAGAUCAUUCCAAGCACUAGAAGGUGUAGCUAUGGAACUGGAGGACUCACUAUAUCCAUUGCUGAGGGAAGUCAGCAUUGGUAUGGAUCCUUAUGAGGUCUUCGAAGAUGUAGAUUGGGCCCUUCUUAUUGGUGCUAAGCCCCGAGGCCCUGGAAUGGAGCGAGCUGCAUUACUAGACAUCAAUGGCCAGAUCUAUGCUGAUCAGGGGAAAGCACUUAACGCCGUGGCAUCGCGGAACGUGAAAGUCAUAGUUGUUGGAAAUCCCUGUAACACUAAUGCGUUGAUUUGCAUGAAAAAUGCUCCAAACAUACCUGCAAAAAAUUUUCAUGCGCUCACGAGGUUGGAUGAAAAUAGAGCGAAGUGCCAGCUAGCACUAAAAGCAGGCGUGUUUUAUGACAAAGUAUCAAACAUGACUAUUUGGGGGAACCACUCGACAACUCAGGUUCCUGAUUUCUUGAAUGCCAAAAUUGAUGGGAGACCAGCGAAAGAAGUCAUUAAGGAUACAAAGUGGUUAGAAGAAGAAUUCACCAUGACAGUUCAAAAGCGCGGAGGUGUGCUCAUCCAAAAAUGGGGCAGAUCUUCAGCUGCAUCAACCGCUGUUUCAAUAGUGGACGCUAUUAGAUCCCUUGUAACUCCUACCCCAGAAGGCGAUUGGUUCUCUUCAGGGGUUUAUACUACUGGAAAUCCUUAUGGCAUAGCAGAGGAUAUUGUGUUCAGUAUGCCAUGCAGAUCAAAGGGUGAUGGUGACUAUGAACUAGCUACUGAUGUGUUAAUGGACGAUUUUCUCUGGGAACGGAUUAAAAAGACUGAAGCUGAAUUGCUUGCUGAGAAGAAAUGCGUUGCCCAUCUUACAGGAGAGGGGAUUGCAUUUUGUGAUCUUCCAGAAGAUACCAUGCUACCAGGAGAGAUGUAAUUUAGUAACAGCAGCACGACCGGGCGAAUGCGCACUUGUGUAUGUUAAUACAGUUUCUGGCGGAAACACAGACGAUAGUUGAGAGAAGCAGCUGCUUAUAGAUGCAGCAGCUAUCUAUAUGUAUGUAUAUUCAGUAAGUGUGCCAUAGGAAUUUGCCUAUGAUGCAAAGUUUGUACACUAAUAAAGUAACAAACAUGAUGCGCAGCUACUAAACGUGCAUCAAGCAUAGCUAGAAUCAUCAAGUUGCUUUCAGAUAGCAACAACAAUCGAUCUUCA